AAACAGCAGCCCUUGCCUUGAGUGGCUGCUCUGGGCUCUGACAGUCCCCCUCCUCCUUCUGCCUAGUAAAGUGCAUGAGAUCUCACAUGAUCACCCGGCGGCUGUGUGUGCUUCUCAUGAAUACAUCAUCUGCAAGAUUAGUGCUCGUACCUGCGCGCCCGCUGUGGGUGCCAGCACCCACCUUUCUCCUAUAGAUCUCUAUAUGCACACAGUACCUCUGCAUGUGCAUGGAAUCUGUCUUCACAGCAAGGACUGCACACAUUGAAAUGCUCUCACAGUGUGUCUGCUCCAUGCAAGAUCUAUAGGCUUCAAGUCCUUGGCUUAACAAGGGGUGGGACUUUUUUUUUUGUGGGGGAUUUUACUUCAUCCUACAAUUUUUUUGACCUUCCGCCCCCUCCCCGUCUGACAUUUAACCCUUCAUCCAUUGCGCACCCAUUUCAUUUUCCAGUUGCUGAUGUAUAAUAAGUUUUUUUUUUUCCUGUUUGCUUUUCUCUCUUCCUUCCCAAGCAUGGGAGCAGCUGCAGUUGCUGUGAAGCUGGUGUAGACGUCGGCUUUUCAUGUGUGUGAUGUUGGAUAUUGUGGCUCAUUUUAUUUAUUUCAAACUGCUUCCUGCUCUUACAAGUUGAUCUCCUGGGGACUGGACAGCUUUGCAAAAAAAAAAGAGAAAAAAGUAAGAGAGUGACUUUUUUUUCCCCCCUCCUCCUGUUGAUGCCUAUGGCAAUAUCUGGACCUCAUCUUUAUGUAUGUGGCCGUUUUAUGCAGAAGACUUGGAUGCAUUUCCAGGAGUUUGCUGUUUUUGUUGUGUUUUUUUUUGCCCCCAUAUGAAACAAUUGAAUUUGCAUCUUGUGCAUUGAGUUUGGAUGUAAGACAUCACACGGCUCAGAGGAUUGUUCGAUUUUCUUCUUACUUCUAGUGCAUCACCCCACUCAAAAGGAAGGACAAGGACAGAGGCGGGGUGCGAGGAUACAUAAAGUACCCCCAAAGACUCAGACUGUUCAGAUAGACUGAAGCUCUUCUACUUUACAAUACUAUCUCUGGAGACAAAAACUGUAUGACUAUUGCUUCUCUUGGAGAGAUUUGAGAAAAUUGAGUACUGUCCGUGAUACUUUUUUUAUUUGCACUAACAUACAAUUUUUCAGGACAAGCUUUCGGGGUAUGUCCCCUUCUUCAAGGUCCAAGCAGUACUGAUUCACCAAUUUGGAGAGAUUUGAAAGAGAAGAUCUGAUACUCAAUAUCCUACAAGUUGAGUGUCCGCAAGACAAUUUUAUUUCUAAAUUUCGCUUCUAAAUUUCGCUUCUGACAUCGGGCAAACCCUACAACCAGCAGCAAGUGCCACAAACACAACUGCCUGAAUGCAGAGUAACUUUGUACAGAACAAGAAGUGGUGUAUAUAUAUACCCCGGAGUGCACGGGAUUCCAGCCCUCCCUAUGACACACUGAAUUGAAUACAACCAUUGCUUUAGUGUGGAAGUAAAGGUUGGCAUCUGGACGGCAGUGCCUGAGGUUCCCCCCUUGGGAUUGUGUCCCUUGUUUCCCUACCAUGCUCUGUGUGCAGGGAGCACAGUGUGAAUGUACACCGCCCUGUUAGUCCUGCUCUCAGCAGCAGUCACAACAGCCUUACGGCCUCCAGCACCUCCCUGAGCCAGGCUAUCCUUCCCUCUGCAGCAGCAGUGUCCCUGACACAUUCACGCACCUUUUCCUAUUAACUCUAAGAAAAGGCAGAAGCCUACGUUACCGCACAACCGCAGCCUUUCUCUGCUGCCCGCUUGUGCACCUCUAUUUGUUCCUUUCGCACCCCUCUUUUUUUUUUUUUUGGCCGGGAGUGAUGUUGCACGUGGAGAUGUUGACGCUUCUCUCUCUGCUACUCUGGAUGUGUGUUUGCAGCCAGGAUCCUGGCUCCAAGGUGGUUGCUGAUCGCUAUGCGGUGUACUGGAACAGCACCAACCCCAGGUUUAUGAGGGGUGACUACCAUAUUGAAGUAUGCAUCAACGACUAUCUAGAUGUAUUCUGCCCUCAUUAUGAGGACUCUGUGCCUGAAGAAAGAACUGAACGAUAUGUUUUGUUCAUGGUGAACUUUGAUGGCUACAGCUCCUGUGAUCACACAUCCAAAGGCUUCAAAAGAUGGGAGUGCAAUCGGCCCCACUCCUCCAAUGGACCUCUAAAGUUUUCAGAGAAAUUCCAACUCUUCACUCCCUUUUCAUUAGGAUUUGAAUUUCGACCGGGAAGAGAAUAUUACUAUAUAUCUUCAGCAAUUCCAGAUAAUGGAAGAAGAUCCUGCUUAAAGCUCAGAGUCUACGUACGGCCAGCAAACAGCUGUAUGAAAACUAUAGGUGUUCAUGACCGUGUUUUCGAUGUUAACGACAAAGUAGAAAAUUCAUUAGAACCAGCAGGCUUUGAUCUCAUUGAAGCACCAAGUUUACCUGCCAAUCUGACCAGCCCAGAAUUCAAUGAUACAAUUCAUGAAUCAGCUGAGCCAUCCCGUGGUGAAAAUUCAGCACCUAUACUGAGAAUACCAAACUGGCUUUUGACAACCCUAUUGUUUCUCCUGGCAAUUCUUUUGACGUUAUAGCACAGUAUACUUCACAAACCAGCUGCAAAAUAUAACAGGGUCUUGGAACAUCAAAGAUCCACCUGAUUGCUUCACCUGAGAAAGAACCUUUUUUCUGCUUUUCAUUUAGUUUUUAGUUUUUUCCCCAAGUGAACCUGAAUUCCAGAAAAAUACGUACUUAAUAUACAAUACAAUAUAGACAACAUAUUUGUUUCCAGGACGUUUUAAAAGGAACUUAAAAUGACAUGCCAACAUUUAAUAGCAACACUAGUGAAACAAAGUUCUCUUAUCAUUCAUUUUUAGGAAAUCACACACUUUUGUGCAGACAGUCAAGGAGACACUAACCAACGAAAAAAUGGAUUUUGGAUGAAAUGAAAAAGAAUGUGCAACGAGAUUCAGCUUUGAUGAACAGCACUAUUAACAAAUGUGGUUAAAACAGUGAUAAUUUAAAUUUCCUGAGGGUUUCCAAGGAAAUGUCUAUCUAAGAAGAUGAUAUGACCCUCCUAAGCACUCUUACCUGCACUAAGGGAUAAGCAGAGGGGCAUGGGGGAUUUUUAUUAAAUAUUAUUUUUUUUUAUAUAUUUUAAGUCAUCCAGAGUGCAGAAUGCUGUUCUACUAUUUAAAGUAUAGGCAGAUAAUACCAUAAAAUAGAUAUCAAAGGUGCUAUAAUUUUAAUUUUGCCAUUUCACAACUCACAUGCAUUUUGUAAAUAAGAUUACCAUGCUUAAAGUCUUGGAGGCAGUCAUAGAUAACUGCCCUGGAUUACAGUCCUACAAUAUAUGUGAAAACAAGUAAGUCUGUUACUGAACUUAAGUUUUUAUCAUUUUUUUGUACUGAACUGACUUCAUUGUACUGUUAUAAAACAGUCUCAAGAAAUUAUUUAUCAGAAUGAUAUGCAUGGUUUUUAAUCAACUGCAAAGCAAAAGAGUCUGACCCUGAAAGAUAGUCAAGUGAGGUUUUAACCCCAUUUGAACCCAGCUGUAGGGACAGAGUGACUGCAAUACAUUGUGUUGCUAUCUACCCCAAUAAGUAUAAACAACAACAUUGCAUUUUGCUUGUUAAAUGGUGAAUUCAGAUGGUUCCCAAAGAUUUUAAGGACAUGUUUUCAAACUGAUAUAUGCAUAACCAAGGAAUAUUUAAACUAAUGGAUGGAUACAUGUUUUUUUUCUGCUUAAAUAAGUAGUUACUGAUAAAUCUCUAGCAUUGGGAAAAAACUUGGUUGGAUAAAUGGACAGCUACCUAUUGUUUUGUUGGAACAUUUAACUAUGGACACUUGAUAACUUUUCAGGGUGCCUUGAGUUUUAUUUUUCUGUUUCAUUAUGUUUAUUAUUGAUGUAUAGCAAAGGACAUGACUCAGACACUUCAUAUUCACCAAAUGUACUUUACGUAAUAAAGCCUUUAACAAACUGUGAUUAUGUUUAAUAUAAAAAAAAAAAAGUAAUCAAGUACAAUAAUACUUUUAAUAUAUUUGUAUUUGUAAAAAAAAGGUUCAAACAUACACAAAUGGUCAUAGUUAGUCAAAAAUGUUGUAUAACGUUCACAACUAUGUGUUUCCUCUAGAUCAAAAUGCAAUGAGAGGUAUAACUAGGGCCUUCAAGACUUCUCAUUGACCUGGGUUGCUUUAUUCUAGAACAAUAGUAUUAUGCAAUUUUAUUUUUCAUCAUAAACUACAAUAAAGCACAGACAAAUAACCUAAGAAACAAUUAUUGUAUUAUGCUGUAGGCUUAUUUGACAACAGUGUGAGUCAUUCAUAUAAUGUAGAGCCUCAUUGAACAUAUUUACAGUGUUAGCACAAAAAUCUACCUACAAAGUUAUAAAAGAAAAAAACAAAACAAAAAAAACCCCAGGACUAAUUCUAUUCUUAAAAGCAAUUAUAAAUGAAGCCUACACUCUUUAACAGCCAUUAAAAAUUCAGCGAUAUAGUCAUAAUAAAAUAUAUAUGACACAUGCAUUAGGUUGUUUUACAUUACAUUAAAUUUGGUAUUUAAAAUGUGUUUGCAUUACAACUGCUGCUUCUGUGCAUUAUUGUUGAUGGAUGUUAAUGCAUUUACCAGCCUUAACAUUGAUUUAGAUGUUCGUGUUUUAAUUAUUAUUUUGGUUAUAUAUAUAAAAAAAAAAAUACAUUUAGUUUCUCUCCUUAAAGCAGCUCCUUCAUAAUAACAGAACAGAAAUCCCAGUGCUGGUAAACAUAUAGGUUUAAAUAACCAGGUGAUAGUAAAAGUGUAUUAAUAAAGCUGAUAGAAUCAAACAAGCAAAAUCAUAAGAAAGGGUAUCCCCACUAAUGUUAACAUUUUUUUUUCGCUUCAGCUAAAUUGCCUUUUGAAACAGGUACAAGUUGUCCCUCGUCUAUUUGCAUUGUACUUCACUUCAUGCUGCUUUGGGCGAUGUGAUUGAAAAGUAUGUAAAGCGCUGUGUAAAUUGAAGACACGUUAUAAAUACUUGUUAUGAAUAAAUAAUGAAAUUUAAUAAAUAAACAAUAAAGUUUUGUGACUGGCUGCAUCAGUUACCUGCCAGUGCCCCAUGUUUUUAAGGAACAACUUGCCUCUGUAUUCAUAGACAAUUUGUCUGGGAACAAGGGAAAUCUUGCGAUGGACAAAGAAAUCCUUAAAGUAAUGGAACACUGAAAGUCUAUUUUCUGUAACAUUUACAAAACAAAUUAUUUGAAGGAUUUUGGGUCAAAUAUUAAAGCUGCUCAUUGCACUUGAAGUCUCUUUGGCUUUCUUUUCUUUCCUCAGCUACUUUCUAUUUCUCUUUUUUCUCCCCAUAUACUAUUAUGGCCCAGGCUGGGUACAUUUUUAACCCAUUUUCCUGGUGGCCAGAGGCUUUGCAACCUGAAGCAGGGGGAUUAAGCAUUAGUCUGUUUGGUGGAUACUGUGUAUCCUUUAAUACACAAGAUAACAUUUCAUGUUAGAUUAGAAUAUUGUUUUGUACUAUACCUUCUUGGAUGGCAAAGAUUAUAAGAUAAUGAAAAAAUUACAUUCUUUAAAUUCUGUAUUAUUAGCAACCUAUGUUGUAUAUAGUGUUUGAUAAUAAAGUAUUAAUUCAAUUCUUAUGUCUUUUCUAAGUGAAAAAAUUAGAAUUUCAGACCACAAAAACAUAAAAAGAUAAUCAUGGCUUUCAUCAAAUGAGGCUUGAAAGCAACAAAAAUAGAUUCAUCUAUAAAACAUGAUCAUUCACCACUGUCCUCACUGACUCAUGACCCAGAACAACACAACAUGUAACUAUCAAUGAUGUUUUGUACUAAAUGUUUAUAGAACUGAUGUUAGAGCCCUGUGUAUUUUUGGCAUGUUGGGAUAGGGGAACAUAGGGAUUUUUGGUAAUUUUUGGGGGGGUCUUAUAUUCAUGAUGGCAUACUGCCCUCCAUGCAAAUUGACCAUUCAUAUGGUAUAUUUAAAUUAAAGGUGAGCCUUUAAACGAAUGAUUAACUCAUACAUUAUAUGUUAGCCCUUUAAACUUUAUGUAGUACAUUUUUGGGUCUGCAAGAGCCACAAUCUUCAUGGUCUGUUAAUCACUGUAAGAUUAUAAGUAUCUCAAAUAUAUUUUAAGGGUUGUACUCAGUUCUGUUAACUUGCCAUGUAACUUUGUGGUUACGUAUUUUAAUUUCUACCCUGUUUCUGUUACUUCUGCUCUUUCUGUCUUUCUCCUUUCAAGAAGUGAAUGAGCAGAUCUGUCCCACUUUUUGGUACCACCAAAUUAAUUCCCAGGUACCCCCAAACCUUUCUCAGAUCUGAGCUAAAUUUCUCGAUGAUAAGCUUACUGCCAUUGUCUGUACAGAUUCAUAGAUGCUGGCAUGUUGGAGGUUACCCAUGAGGCUACUAAAUCUGUUUUUUCAUAUUUACUCCUUACAUCUCAUUAAAACCACUCAUUGUGUGUGCAUUUGGGUAAGAAAGUCCAGCUCAGUGUGGUCCUGUGCUUGUACUUCCCUGCUUUGCACUUACUAUUCAUUGAGUGCUGUUUUGCAAUGCUUACAUUAUACCAAUUUAAAAAAAAAAUGUAAAAAAAAAUCAUAAACUGUAUUUGUAUAUACACGUGUCCGUACAAAUAAACUUAAUUAAAAAAGUA